CUUAUCGUUUAUUGCAUUUGUGUAAACAAAUGAAUUUUAGUUUCCUACGUCGAUGUCGUCUGCUCACGUGUGCCAACACCCCGUUUCUCACGUACACAAUAAAGUGCGCCCUCACGUGUCAACCAUCGGAUCAAUCAAAGAUGGCAGCCGCCAUGGACCACGAAACAUCUGGAAUUCGUAAGAGAAAACAACCUGCUGGGUCCUCCGGUGGUGAAGUUACAGAGCCCGACUCGAGACCAAAGGACCAUUCGGACACUGAUGGACCAAAUGCGUCCAAAGAUCGUGGACAGAGUGUGGAUUUGGAGCCUAACUCGUACUGGUUAACUCGCAUCGUUUUUCUACGAUCACUCGCGUUUAUUUAUCUUACUGCAUUCCUCGUUGCCUUGCACCAAAACAAGCAGCUCAUGGGCCGAGAUGGACUCCUUCCGACACGUCUCUACCUCGACCGCAUCAAGAACUAUGUCGGCGGGGAAGUCAAUGUCCAAGCCCUCUCCUUCGCUCCGACCAUUCUGUGGUUCGUGGACGUUGAGGGCGCUGUUGAUUACUGGCUGGACGCAUUGGCGUAUGCUGGUGUUGCACUGUCUGGAUUCGUACUCGUACUCGGAAGUGCUAACAUGGUCGUCAUGGUGAUGCUGUGGCUCCUUUAUCACUCCCUGGUCAGCGUCGGACAGAGAUGGUAUUCAUUCGGUUGGGAAUCUCAGCUCCUUGAGACUGGCUUCCUGGCCAUCUUCAUGUGUCCCUUGCUCAGCCUGCGCCAGUACCCCCGACGCACCCCCACCCCCUGGGUCACCCUGUGGGGCUACAGGUGGCUCAUCUUCAGAAUCAUGAUUGGAGCAGGAUUGAUCAAAAUCCGAGGGGAUCAAUGUUGGCGAGACUUGACCUGCAUGAAUUAUCACUACGAGACCCAGCCUGUUCCCAACCCCAUCAGUUACUACCUACAUCAGACUCCAGAAGCUAUGCACAAGUUUGAGACAUUGUCCAAUCACUUUGUGGAGUUGGUUGUGCCCAUUUUUAUCCUGAUACCAUGGCGACCGACGAUGCUGCUAGCAGGAGGAAUUCAAAUUUUCUUUCAGGUGGUACUCAUCAUCAGCGGUAACCUGAGCUUUCUGAACUGGUUGACCAUACUGCCCAGCCUAUGCUGCUUUGAUGACAGGAGCCUAGCCUGGCUCUUCCCUGGGUGGCUAAGUGGGGCCAAGGCAACUGUGAGACAGAUACAGAGAGAGGACAGGGAUGGGACUGGACCCCAGGCUACAAUUGGUGUUUAUGUGCGUCGAGUUCUUCAUAUAAGCCUAGCCUUGCUGAUAGCUUACCUGAGCAUCCCUGUAGUCUCCAACCUACUGUCCACGAGACAAGCCAUGAACACGUCCUUUGAUCCAUUGAGACUUGUCAACACCUACGGAGCUUUCGGAAGUAUCACCAAAGAAAGAACUGAGGUCAUAUUUGAGGGGACGUAUGCAACCAAUCCCAAGGACCCUAGCGCUGUCUGGCUGGAGUAUGAGUUUAUAUGCAAGCCGGGGAACGUGACUCGUAGACCCUGCCUGAUAUCACCUUAUCACUAUCGGCUGGACUGGCUCAUGUGGUUCGCUGCCUUCCAGAGUUACGAGUCCAAUCCAUGGUUGGUGCACCUUGCUGGGAAGUUCCUGUACAACGAUGAAGGGAUGACAUCAUUGAUAGCUCACAACCCAUUCCAGAACGGCAACCCGCCAAGGUUCGUUCGAGCUCUGCACUAUCGUUACCAGUACACCAAAAUUGGCAGCAAGCAGUCACAGGAGGGCGCUUGGUGGACCAGGAAGUUCCUGAAGAGCUACCUCCCACCGGUCUCGCUGGAGAGCCUGGAGAGUUACAUCCGGAGCCAAAGCUGGGACCUGCCUAAGUAUGCAAAAAGGAAACUACGAGAGCAGAGGAGGGCUAAAAAGGGAAGGUCGGGGUAAAAAGGUCAGAUGUCAAAGGUCAUAUUCAAAGUAUAGGUCAUGUGAUGGGUGCAUUCCAGUAGCUUCCCUGGGUUGCCGUAGAUAAAGGCAGAUGGGUUAGACCCUGUCUGAAGCAGUCUUCCUGAGCUAAGGCUUCAUCUAUUGUCAUCAGGACCUAGACAAUAGCUCUAGACACAGGAUUUUGGAAGUGGCCUCAAGUUUCUUAUUUCUUUGACCAAAAGUUUACCUUAAGCCGCCCCGAGGUCGACCUGCGAUUUGCUUGCGCCAUGACAGAACC